ACACCACGUCUAAUCUGACCCAGUUGACAAACCGCGAUAGCCACAUCCACUUAUACAUAUCAACUCCAACAGACGGUGUUUGACCGCGCUCUCAACUCUCUGUGUGUCGGCUGCUACGUAUAAAGACGCUCCCUAAAGACUGGCAGUUAAUGAUGGCAUAACGGUAUCAAGUAGUUCUUAAGAUACUGUCACCUCUAUGUACCAACCAUGUCUAGGCAUCCAGAGAGGUAUGAGUUGGAUCACCUUCGGCGUGAUGUGAAGACACGUUACCCACUUAUGUUUGUGUUAAUGUUGUGUUUAGGCGUACCUGUUUUUGGCAGCCAUCAGCUCCUGCGCCAGGGAGGUAGCCGAAUCACACCGGAUGGGGAGCGGAUGCCAGCCGGCGGGGUGCGGGGCGCAGAUGACACGCAGAUGGUCGGGACCGAGUUUGCUGCAUCAGCACCUGUGCUUGCAGUGGCUCCGGGGAUCGAGACAUUCGAAACGGCGAUGAAAGGCGGAAUGGCCGCUAGGUCAGAGGACGAACUCUCGAAAGACGAGACAGAGGAUCUCCGUCGUCUAGCUGAGGAUGGCGACACUGUUUCGGGGCACACGAAAUAUAAGAUGUCCUGCUUUGAUGAUGAUGGUCUGUACCAGCUGGACAUCUUAGGGGGUGCUCGAACAGGUGGUAGUGAUGGUCAACUAUCUGGUCAGCGGUGGUCAAGCCAAGGUCACUUAGAUCAUGGUCAUCGAGCUCCAAGACACGCUGGAGAAGUCAAGUUCAGAUCAAAAAAGGUCCAAUGGCUGAUAACUGAUCGUGAUGAUCGUCGUGAUCAUCAUCGUACUCGUCGUGCUGUUACCAAUGAUGACUACCGAAUUUGGCCUAAUGGAACCAUCCCAUAUACUAUUGAUGUCGAUUUCGACAAUGAGACCAAAGAUCUACUUUUAAAGAGUAUGAGACAUUGGAUGGAUCACACCUGUCUACAGUUUAUACCAAGGACCAAUCAAACUCACUAUGUUCGCUUUCUAUUUGGCGUUGGGUGUUGCUCCAGCGUUGGACGCCAAGGUGGGGCACAGAACGUCUCCUUGGGACAUGGCUGUAUGACCUUUGGCACCAUGAUACACGAGAUAGGACAUGUGAUCGGCUUCUGGCACGAGCAGAGUCGAACUGAUCGAGACGAUUACGUCACAGUAGUCAAAGAUAACAUCGUCGAGAUGGAUAAACAUAACUUCAACAAGUACGGUCAGAAAACAAUACACUCUUUGGGCCAGCCCUAUGACUAUGACUCCAUCAUGCACUAUGGCCGACAGUCAUUCACUACUAGUCUAGGCAAAGAUACCCUUAUACCCAAACAGGACCGGAAGAUCGGCCAAAGGGAAGGUCUUAGCGACGGUGAUAUACUACAGGCUAGAAUACUUUACAGAUGUCACAGUAAGCAAGAGUGCGGAGGGACGUUAUACGAUGGGAGGGGCUUUAUAUCCCCAUCCAGCUAUCCUCAUCCGGUGUCACCUAACAUCACGUGUGAUUGGUCAAUCGCUGCCCCUCGAGGCUCCGCCCUAAAGAUACAGUUUCUUGAUAUGGACCUCCCAUCGGAUGAUGACGGAAAAUGCGACGAUUCGUAUGUUGAGGUACGUGAAGGACAAGGCGAGCAAUCGCCGCUGAUUGGUCGAUUCUGUGGUGACGUCAAACCCAAUGUCAUUCUCAACGAUGGGGGCCUCCUUUGGUUGCGCUUUAAAUCUGGUCGUAAAAGGCAUCGUACAUUUUCAGGAUUCGCUGCACGAUACCAAUCGGUGGAAUUUAAGAGACAUCUAACGGCGACGCGAGGCAUCAUCAAGAGCAUGAACUACCCCCUCUCUUUUCCCCCCGACACGGACAGCAUGUGGCAGAUCAAAGUCAGGGAGGGGUUCAUCGUUCAACUCCGUCUCAACGAACUCUUGAUACCUCACAUCAAAACCACCGGUUGCCAUGGCGAUUAUUUGAAGCUAAUCGACGGGGCAGACAGCGGAUCGAAACUCAUCACGAAGCUCUGUCGGUCUCAGAAGAAAGUGGGCGUGGUGUCAUCCGGCCCCUCCCUACGGAUUGAGCUGCACUCGGCCGGAAUGGGGAAGAAGUUCCACGGUGACGUAACCAGGUUUUUGGCCAAGUACCUUGCCAGAGAUUUGAACGAAUGCCGUAAGAACAACGGAGGUUGUGAGCAAGCCUGUAUGAAUCUGGUUGGUCACUACGUAUGUGGAUGUAGGCAUGGUUAUAGCAUGGCCGACGAUUAUCAUCAUUGUACAGAUAUUGACGAAUGUGCUUCUGAAAACGGGCGAUGCUCUCAUAAGUGUGUGAACUUAAUAGGCAGCUACCGAUGUGAAUGUCCGACUGGUUUACAGAUCUCAUCCUAUAAUAACACACAUUGUGAAGAUGUGAAUGAAUGUGAUUCCCCUCACCUUGACAUCUGUGAGCAUCACUGCCAUAACACCUAUGGGGACUUCGCUUGCUCCUGUCAACCUGGAUUCAUCCUGAGCAUGGAUGGGAUGAGCUGUGAAUUGAUACCGGGUUGCGGAGGAUUCAUGCAUGGCGUAGAGGGCGUCAUAACACAACCUUACAUUCCUACCAACAACACCAACUCUAUUGCCUGCUUCUGGUUCAUUGAUGUAUUGGAUCACCUCAGACUCUCCCUCAGCCUAGACUCAUUCAAUGGGUCAAGCAACAGUUCGUGUGCAGACUAUAUCCUUAUACGUGGUGAAGAGGGUCAUUCUGAACAAUAUCCUCGAGUAUGUAGUAAUAACAGCUGGGGACGCACCUACAAUAUGACCUCCAGUAGAGCUUGGGUUCAUUACCACUCCGAAUGGCCACAUGAGGGUACCUUUCUAAUUGAAUAUACUACAAUGACUAUAAGUGAUUCUGAUGACUCCAUACUCAAAUGUGGCGGACCUUUAAAUGAAACUGGAGUCAUUGAGACCCCUGGCUUCCCCGAUAGUUACCCGAGCAAGGUAGAAUGCACAUGGACCAUCUCCAACGUCAGUACUGUUGCCUUUCAUUACGAGAAGUUUGAUGUCGAAUACGAAUCGAGCUGCCUGUUCGACUACCUUGAGAUCCGUGAUGGUCCUGAAAGCGAUGUCAACUCGACGCAUAUAGGAAGGUUCUGCGGCGCUGAUCCACCACCGAACGAGCUGAAGCUCAACACGGGGGAACUCGGGCUGGUAUUCAGGUCUGACGCUACUGUGCAAGGAAGGGGCUUCCGUGCUGUCUAUGAAGUUCAAUUCAAUUGAAUUCGCAAAUCAUGGGGUGUAUCACAAAUAUCUAAGUGUGCAUGUAUAAAAAUCUUAUUUAGAGGGAUGG